CAUCGAACCCCGACGAACACACGACUUGAGUUGUUUAUCGAUAAAAACGCAAACAAUUUUGCCAAGAAGGUACGCCGAUUUCGUCGUCGACCACAGAAAACAGCUCCCCGUUUCUCCAGCUCUCAGUUAAUAGCUAAGGUUAGAGAAAAUGGUCCCGUAGGAACAAGCGUUAUUACGAUUCAAGCACAAGAUACGAACAAUGGGUACGCUGGGAAAAUUAAAUACUCGAUGGAAGCGUCCCAGAAUUUACUCAGUCAGUCGUUCUUUGGGAUCGAUCCUAACACGGGAUUAAUAAAAACUUCAGCUUCUUUAGAUCGUGAAAAGAUGCCGACGCACUAUUUUCGUAUCAAAGCCGAAUACGAACAAGAAAGAUCGUUGUAUGCUGAAGCAGAUCUGACCAUCUAUGUCGAUAAUGUAAACGACAACGCGCCGAACUUCGAAUCAUCCUCCUACAGCAAAGUCAUACCAGAGGAUAUUUUUAUCGGAGAGACGGUCCUUGAUGUGCGGGCACGCGAUUUAGAUACAGGUUCCAAUGCAGAUAUCCGUUACAACAUCAUUAAUAAUAGUGGUGUUAACAGUGCAUUUGCAAUUGGUCAAAGUAGUGGUUCAAUAACUGUAGACAAACAUCUGGAUCGAGAAACUGUACAGCAAUACUCCCUUACUGUCCAGGCAAGUGAUAGUGCAUCCCCUCCUAAAACAGACCAGGCCACUGUGCGAAUUACUGUUACUGAUGUCAAUGACUGUGUUCCUCAGUUUUUAAAGAGAGAAUACUCCAAAAAGAUUCCUGAAAACAUCAAAACAGGGGAGCUAGUUUUGACUGUAAGUGCAUCAGAUGAGGACCUUGGCACCAAUGGUGAAGUCACCUACAGUUUUAGCAGUGGUAAUGACCAGGAACUUUUUUCUAUCAAUCAUCUUAAUGGUCAGAUCAAAGUAAACAAGAAACUUGAUUAUGAGUACAUUCCAGUGCAUACACUUUUUGUGAUGGCUCAAGACAAAGGUGAAUCGCCAAAUUACAACGAAACCUCAGUGGAGAUAUACCUUAUUGAUGUCAAUGACAAUGCACCUCAGUUUGUGAAUUCUGAUUUUCAAGAAAUGGUCUCGGAACGUGAGAGUGUAGGACACACCUUUACUCGUGUUACUGCAUUUGACGCAGAUGAUGGUACAAACCAACAGAUCAUUUACAGUUUAGUGGAGUCCAAUUUACCAUUUGGUAUUAACAGCCAAACUGGGGACUUGUACCUUACCAGAAAAUUAGACAGAGAGACAGUGAAUCAAUAUGUAUUUCACGUCAAGGCUGAAGAUAAGGGCAGGCCCCCUAUGAGCAGCCAAACUAAAGUGACUGUCAAUGUGGGAGACAUAAAUGACAAUCCUCCAAGAUUUUCAAAAUCCAUUUAUUUUGGAUCAGUGGAGGAGAAUGCUAAAUUUGGAACAACCAUUGUUCAGGUGACAGCUACCGACCCUGACCUUGGGCAGACUACCAUCUUUUACAGUCUCCAGAUGUCUAUCCCUAGUCAAAGACGAUGCUUUCGAAUUUCUGGUAAUGGUGUUAUAACAUUAUCAUGUAGACUGGACUUUAGCAAGACUAGAUUCUACUCGUUAACAGUAAAAGCUAGAGACAGUCAAUUGGAAAGCUCUGCAGGCGUGCGCAUUAAUGUAACUGAUUCUAACACUCACAAGCCCAUUUUCCAACAACGUAUUUAUAGACAAAGGAUCAGUGAGGCUACCGCAGUUGGUGGAAGGGUUCUUAUUGUCAAGGCAACUGAUGGUGACCAAGGAUUGAAUGCUAAACUGACCUAUGCAAUUGAACAAUCUCUGCAAAACUUUAAAAUCAAUUCUAAAACUGGCGAGAUUACUGUGUUGAGCCUUUUAGAUCGUGAAACAACUUCACAGUACAGGUUUGAAGUGAGUGCAACUGAUCAUGGUAAUCCACCAUUUAAAGGAACUGCUAAUGUACAUAUUACAGUAACAGAUGUAAAUGACAACAAACCAAGAUUUUUACAGUCCAACUAUGAAAAAUCCAUUCUGGAAAGUGUACGGCCUGGAACACGAGUUUUGGAAGUCUCUGCAGUUGAUGAUGAUGAGGGUUCAAAUAAAGCCAUUAUCUACUCAUUUGCAAAAAAUGGUGAUGGAGGUGGUGCUUUUCAAAUUGACAGCAAUCAGGGAGUCAUCAGAACUUUGCUGUCACUUGAUCGUGAAACAAUUCCCGAAUAUGAACUGACUGUGGUUGCUGCUGACAAAGGCAGACCAUCAAUGAAAUCAACUGUGAAAGUCAAGAUAACACUGGAAGAUGUUCGUGACAGUAAACCGAAAUUUGAAAAGGAUCCGUACGUAGUGUUCCUUGCUGAAGAUGUGAGAAUGCGUUCCAAUGUGGUCACCGUUAAAGCAGUGUCCCAAGACCUUGUUCAAGGUGGUGAGAUUUUUUACAGCAUUGUGUCUGGCAAUGAUCCAUUAACAUUUGUCAUUCAGAGAAAUGGUGUGAUUAUGACCAAGAGAUUGUUAGAUUAUGAAACAAAACCUGAGUAUAUUCUAAAGGUGCGGGCAACAUCAUCGCCAUUCUUUGUUGAAACAAUUGUCAAUGUGACACUGAAAGAUGUAAAUGAUAACUCGCCUGUACUUCAGGAUUUCUUUGUUGUCAUUAAUGUUCGAGAUGAAAGCUCUACUACGCCACCAAAGUUUAAAAUACCUGCAUAUGACCCUGAUGUUUCUGACUGUCUUACAUAUGAAAUCAGCCAAAUAUCACAAGGAGAUUGGGACAUGUCUUUGAACAGAACGACAGGUUAUCUUGAGGUCAAUCCCAAAGUCUUAGUCAACAUGUUAGUAAGGCCAGUCCAACUUAAGGUUAAAGUUUCUGAUGGAAGGAAUAGCCUUCCCGCCAAUGGUAAAAUUUUUGCAACAUUGGUGACACCUCAAAUGCUCAACAACCCUUGCGAACUGAAUUCCCACUUUACCCUGGAUGUCCAUGAUGUCACUAUCAAAGAAUUCUUUGAUAAAUCCUAUGAGGGUCUUGUGAGGGGAAUUGCUUCUGCUGUGAAUUGUGGGGACUACCAGGUCAGAUUGUUUAAUAUAGAAUCAAGGAUAAUCAAGGCAAAGCCACCACUUGAGGAUGAUAUUUCUAAUCUCAAGCUCUGGGUGGCUGUUUAUAAAAAUGAUCACUUUAACUUUUAUAGUCCUUUGUAUGUGAGAGACAUGGUGUACAUAAAUAUGGUGCAGAUUUCCAAAAUGGCAAAAGUCACUCUCCUUCCUUUCAAAGAUGGCUUAUGUGUUGAAGAAAUAUGCAACUUCCCCCUACCAACAUCCAGAAAGAGCUGCUUGUCAUACACUGAUUAUACUGACAAAUCCAACACCUACAGCUCAUUAAAGGUGGUCUUCCGCUCAGUUGGAGUGCAAACUAAUUACAGAUGCCCCUGUGCUACUGACUAUCGAGGAGAAAGUUGUGACACAGGUUUAAACUUGUGCUACUCCAAUCCUUGUGGAAACAAUGGGAAGUGUGUGAGUGUAGAGGAAGGCUACUCUUGUAUAUGCAAUCCAGGAAGAACUGGUGUAAACUGUGAGAUUGACAUGUCAAAGAGCAAGUGUCCUAUAGACUCAAAAGCAACAGAAUAUCAUCUAAAUGCAAAUCCAUGCCAUAGUGAUGGUGGUUGUAAAAAUGUUCUUGGAAGUGGGUUCACCUGUCAGUGCAAAGAUCCAAGUGAAGUUGAUGGGUCACUGUGCCAACUGACAAUGCGCAGUUUUGAAAAAGGAUCAUUUGUUGCCUUUCCAGCAUUGAAACAAAGAUGGCGUUUGCACAUACAGAUGGAGUUUACCACCACUAAGCACAGUGGGCUUUUGCUCUUCAAUGGACGAUAUGAUGGAAAACAUGACUUUAUUGCAGUGGAAGUGUGGCAAGGACAAGUUCGGUUCAGGUUUUCACUGUUUUCCCAUGAAGUCAUUGUUACAUCAAAUGUAAAUGGUGGUGUCAUUGAUGGCAAUUGGCAUAAAGUAGAAGUGGCAUUUCAGAACAGGACUGGCAUUAUCAUUGUUGAUGGCUGUAAACUUGCAGUGGCAGUGAAUUUUGGGACCAAAGCUGCCUCCUUCCCAUGUGCCGCAGCACAGCAACUUCAAAUUAAAGAUGAAUCUGAAAAUUACAGCUCCUUGGAUCUGACUGGCCCUCUUCUUCUCGGUGGGCUUGUGCAGCUACCAGUUGAAUUCCCAGUCCUCUACAAACAUUUUACUGGCUGCAUCAGGAAUGUUUACAUCGAUCACAAGUUCUUAGACCUCAGUCAGCCAUUGUACAACAACGGAACCAGUGCUAAAUGUAAAGCAAUGGGCAACACGUGCGCAUAUAAACCUUGCGAGCGAGGCACGUAUUUUAACAUACUUGGUUCUCGCCGGUGUUACUGUCCCACUGGGUUUGAUGGAAGUCGCUGUGAAACAGGUGUGAAAUACACUAAGAGAUUCUUAGGACAGACUUUUAUGAGGGUGCCUGCCAACUCAAGGGUGAAUCUUCCGUGGAGUGUUUCAAUGAGAUUCCGCACAGCCAAGCCUUCAGGAACUCUGCUUGAAACCUCUUUUUCGUCAUCAUCUUCGGUAUUAGAGUUGGUUGAUGGUAAACUGUCGUACAACUACAAAGGGCUGUUAGUUCUCCAAUUGCCUCACAUAGCCGUGAAUGAUACCCAGUGGCAUCACAUCGAGAUCCUCUGGACAGAUUCUUCCCUUAACAUAACAAUGGACUAUAUCUACAAAGUUUCUGCAGAUGCAUCCAGUGGAAAAGACCUUGGAGUUGCCAGACAGUUUUUCAUGGGAGCGAGGAAGAAUUCUACCAAGUCUGCAGUGUAUGGUAGAUUUAGAGGCUGUAUACAAGGGGUUUUUGUCGGGAGCACUGAGAUCAACAUGAACUCUGGAGUCAAUCACAAAACAGCAUCUGGUUGUGAAGAGAAAAUGGGAAGCCACUGCUCAUCGAACCCUUGUCCAGACUUCAGCACGUGCCAAGAGGAAUUCGACUCCUACAAAUGCAUAUGUCCCGUAGGUUACGUUGGUAAACACUGCCUGCGCGUAUGUUCUCUUAAGCCAUGCAGACAUGGCAAAUGUGAAAGUACAAACCAUGGAAAGGGAUUCCGAUGUGUUUGUCCUCAACAGUACACUGGAUGUCCUGCUAUUGUGGUCGGGGUUUCCGCUGGCUUAGCGAACAAGGGCUACGGAAACCAGAGAUUCCGCUGGAUGUCGACAGAUGGAACAAUUAUCUGGACGUUUACGAUUCCGAUCAUCAUCAUUGUCGCGCUCAACACUCUCGUCUUUAUCAUGGCAUUGUUCACUUCACUUCAAAAACAAUCAAGGAAGAGACGUCGCCGGCAUCACCACCAUCACCAUGACGACGAACAAUCUAACUUGACUGCCGGAUUACGAGCCACAGCCGGUCUUCUUCCCCUGAUAGGAGUAUCUUUCGCGUUCGCCAUUUUGAUGGUGAAUGAAGAUUUGGAAACCUUUCACUAUGUCUUUGCUGCCUUCACUUUCAGCCAGGGCCUGUUUAUACUAGUGUUUUAUCUCCUAUUGGACAAGACGGUUCGGAAAGAGUUCAAGAAUGUGUACAUGCGCUGGAAGACUAAAGACAAGACAUAUGGGAUACAGAAACCCACCCAGCAUUUUGAGCCAAUUCCUUUGAACCAUUUUAAGAAUGACUUAUGGCUUGCAGAAACUGUACAUUAUGUUUAUGGAAAAUCGCCAAAGGCCAAGUACCCUGAUAAUCCUGAACUCGAGCGAGCCAGGAAAAUAUGGGAACAGACCGAUAAGUCAGAGGUGAGCACCACCCAACAAGAAUCAUCUUCCGAAGAGGAAGACGAGCGGCCUUCAUCGCCUGGUCUUCCAUCUGAUUCCUCCGACUCUGAAGAUGACCAAGUUCCGAGUGAAAAUGGAUGGCCAAAAGAUAACUCCAAGGAAGAAACGUCGAAAAGGUUAGAAAAAUAGUUAGAAAAAUACAGUCCUUCCUUCAAAGCCGUCCCCGAGAUUAUACAGGACAAGGGGGUGUCAGGUUCGGCUGCCACCUCCGAUACGACUCCAUCUGUGGACAACAGCUUGAAAAAGAAGCCUCUGAAGUCAGCCCUCAAGAAACCGAAGAAUCCUAUUCCUAUUCAUGUCAUGGAAGAGCUUAAUGAUGACGAUGACGAUGAUAAAUCACUCAGCUCCUUGGAUCUGACAGGCCCUCUUCUUCUCGGUGGGCUCGUGCAGCUACCAGUUAAAUUCCCAGUCCUCUACAAACAUUUUACUGGCUGCAUCAGAAAUGUUUACAUCAAUCACGAGUUCUUGGACCUCAGUCAGCGAUUGUACAACAACGGGAUCAGUGCUAAAUGUAAAGCAAUGGGCAACACGUGCGCAUAUAAACCUUGCGGGCGAGGCACGUGUUUUAACAUACUUGGUUCUCGCCGGUGUGACUGCCCAACUGGGUUUGAUGGAAGUCGCUGUGAAACAGGUAUUGAAUUUUUUUUACGGAUAUGUAAGUGA